AUGGAGACUGAAAUACAGAGCCCAUUCCUUCGUCUACCCAAGGAGAUCAGACUCAUCAUAUAUGAACUUCUCUUCCCGAGUAGAGUCGUUCACAUCACCGGUCGAAUCGAUCAUAAUGCCUUUCUUCGGCGUUUAGAAGGCAUCAACAAGGCCGCAUAUGUCAAGGUCUGCCAUACGCUAUGUUCCGAUCCCUCCAUCGAAGAUGAAGCCUACGAGUUAAGCCAGCUACCCGCUGUCGAAGUCGAAGCCCGACAGCUGUCCCAUGAGCGAGCUGACCUGAUUCUGCGGUCAUACUAUACUCGCCAUAAGCGCUGUCUCGACCUCCUAAGCGACUUCGAGGACAAUGACUAUCUCCACUCUGUACCCAACCCCCAAUGCGACAAGGAAUGUCGUGCAUACAGGAGGGUGGGUCGUAAAUGCAAGCACUUUACCAACAUGGUGAACGAAUCCGGUUUACCUGCAAGUGGAGGCUUGAGGAAACUCCAUCCCGGAACGAAUAUGGACCUGAGCCUCUUGCUAGUUUGUCGGCAGGUAUAUCUCGAGGCUUCCCUAUUCCCAUACAGCAGCACUACCUUCAGCUUCAGCGACCUGGACGUUGUUAGAAAGUUUGCAGAUUAUCUUGCCCCGCAGCAAGUCGCGGCCAUAAGCAGUGUGCAGCUGAGCUAUUGGACGGUCGGAAUGGUUCAGGAAGCGAAWAAGACUUUGAUUGGGUUAAAGACCAUCUCUCUGGAUCACUCUCACACGCAUAGUCCUGAGAAGGCAAAAGAUCGACAAGCAUAUCUAGGAUAUUCGUUGUCCUGUGGUGCUGGCCUCGCGCAGACCGCAAGGGUUAUCUGGUCUCGAAGUCGGACUGAGAAAGAGGGCUGGAAUGGUCAGGAUGUGGAGAGAGAGGCUCGCAGAAAGGAUGCGGAGGCUGUGGAGCGAGCGAUGACGAGAAAGACUUGA